CGUACAGAGCGGGCCUAUCCGCUGAAGCACUUUUUCCUGAUAAUCUUACCAGCUGGUCGACAACCAGUGAAGACUUCGCCACUACGUACACCUUCAAUCAUGAGCGACAGGGACGAGGAUGAGCUUUCCACGAAGAAGAGACGCUCCAGAGCCUGUGACCAGUGUAGGAAGAGAAAAGUGCGGUGUGAUGGAUCUGAGGAAGAAGGAAAAUCGUGCUCGACCUGUGCGGCGUUCAAGAGCAAGUGCACGUACACUGCAACUACGGAGAUGCGUAAAAAGCGUUAUGUGGAGGACGAAUACGUUAGAGCUUUGGAGUCGGAGGUGAUGAAGCUGCGGCUUACGGUUCGGCAGCUGCAAUCAAGGCUCACUGAACUGGAAAGGCCUCACGUUGCAAUUGCUUCCACCACGAGCAGUCCGACAUUCAGUGAUCCGCCACCUACUAUAGACAUUUCUGUCAAGCAGGAGGAAACUGGGGAAGACGAGGGUCUCGUAGAAGGCUUAAAGUACAUGAUUCUCGAUGAAAGACGUGUGCACUUCAUGGGCAGGUCUAGCAGCUUUCCCCUCAUGAAGGCCGCGAUGAAAAUGAAGCAAGAGCUUGUCAAAGACAACACCAGCCCAUUGCUCAACGGAGGGUAUCACCCUCUGAUGCCAUCCAAACGGCGCCCAGAAUUCUGGAUAAGUACGAUGGACUUUAUCCCGCCAGAACUCCCAUAUACCGAUUUUCCAGAACCCUCCCUCAUGAACGACCUUCUCGACAAUUACUUCCAGAAAAUCCACCGGAACUUCCCUCUGCUGCACCGGCCGACGUUCCUACAGAAUAUCGCCUCGGGACUACAUCUUAUCGACGAGGGUUUCGGGGCGACGGUGCUGCUCGUGUGUGCCUUGGGUGCACGCUUCUCGUACAACCCCGCUGCGCUCAUGCCCGGACUAACAAGUUGGCACUGGGCCGGUUGGCGAUGGUUCCAGCAGGUCCGCGCCAUGCGCAAGCUCAUCCCACUGACGAUGACGACGCUUUAUGACCUGCAGGUUGCCGCGCUCGCCGGUGCAUACGUCGCCGUCUUGUCGAUGCCACAGUCAAACUACGCGAUAAUGGGUUAUGCCGUCCGGCUCGCGCAGGACCUGGGUGCGCAUAGACGGGUGGCGUACGAGCCGGAGCCUACGGUCGAGGGCGAGCUGAGGAAGCGCGCAUUCUGGUGCUUAUUGGUAAUGGACAGGGGUGCGUGCUCCAAUUUGGGGAGACCGUGCGAUGUUAAAGAUGAGGACUUCGAUAUCGGCUACCCUAUCGAGUGCGACGACGAGUACUGGGUGACGGAUGAUCCACAACGGGCGUUCAAACAGCCAGUAGGACAGCCUUCUACUGUUGCAUACUUCAACUGUGCUCUUAAGCUAGAGCGGAUACAUGUGCACACGCUACGCACCAUUUACUCGCCGCAAGGGGCCAAGAGUCUUUCAGAUCCUGAGCGUGCCCAGCAGAUCGUCGCGGAACUGGACUCGGAGCUGAACCAAUGGGUGGACUCGAUCCCCGAGCACUUGAGAUAUGAUCCUAACAGAGAGGACGUCCCCUUUGCUGGCCAAUCUGCCUCGCUUCAUGCGUCGUACCACAGCCUGCGGAUCUUCAUCCACCGGCCGUUCAUCAUGACACCGCGGAGGCACGUGCCGCUGCCAUUCCCGUCGCUGGCGAUCUGCACGAACGCGGCGCGGUCGUGUAUCCAAGUCCUCGACAGGUACUUCACCCUGUCGGGCCAAGCACUGGUCUUCCGAUACCACCUGACGUCACUGUUCUCGUCUGUUAUUAUUCUACUGCUGCAUGUGUGGAGUGAGACGCAGUCAGGGUCUACUACCGACGUCACGAAGGAGCUUGAGUAUGUCCACAAGGCACUGCGUAUAUUCAAGGACCUCGAGGAACGGUGGAAUGUCGCUGGUCAGUUCUGGGACAUCAUCCAUGACCUUAUGACUGCCGUCGAGGCGACACAGAAUGGCAGUGCUUGCGGAGUGCACGAGCACAGACAAGACGAUGACAUCGUGCCCGCACACGAUGUUUACCUAACCUCCCAGAUGCCUGUACAACAGCCCUCGGCCGACGUACCACCCACAUAUGACAACGAUGUGCAACAGCAGCUACGAACGGUGGCGGAUCUUCCAGACUAUCCUCAGGCCAACCUCGACUAUGCGCCGCCACCGCGCGUCGAUGGUUCCAGCAGGCCCAGCAGGCUUCCGAAUAGCCAGAGCCCCGGCUCGAACAGCUUCUGGCAUGACCUGCAGGCGCAACAAGAAAUGGAUGCCCAAGGACAGUUCGGGCCGCUACCGCCUCUCAAUAGCGCAUGUACACCCGACCCCGACCUGGAUGCGAUCUUCGCGGACCUGCUGCCCUCGUUGUCGCACGAGGGCCCGUUCGCGGCGAUGGCGCGCGGCAUGCCGCAUAAUUUCGCGCCAGGUCAGCUUUUUGGGCGUGCGGGCGGAGGAGUACCCGAAGGGCAGCCGUACGAGCACUCUGGAGGUUUUAUGGACACGCGGUUUGUAAGUCCAGGAAUGCCGUCUGUGUGGGGGGCAGGUACUCAAGGUAGCUCGUUGUGAGAUUGUGUUGGCAGUUAUUAGAGUCGCGGGUGGGAUUCAUUACUGGCUGUGUCUCGUACCAAUAUGACCAUGCCGCCUGUGCUUUUAUAAUAGCC